UGGAAAGCUGGGUGGAAUAUUUUUAUGGUGAGUUAGUACAGAUGUGGGAAGGGCAGUCGGUCGCUCGGACCUUCAGUGCAGCUGAUUAAAAGUGUAGAGCAAUCUGAGAAACUGCACUCGAUUUGACGAAGAUCAGCGGAGCGUGAGGUGAGAGAGCUGUUGUUCACAGUUUCGUUCCUUAUUUGAAUGUUCACUAACUUAAAACGAGCGUGUGUUGGGUCAGUUGCAGAGUGCCUAUAACUAUUAAAGAACGGUGUUUUAUAGCCUCUCUGUCCGAAACAUCUGUCCUGCUGUGUCCAUCCAGCUCUACACCUUGUUAUCUCAGAUUCUCCAGCAUCUGCAGUUCCUACUAUUUCUGUCUCUGGGAGAUGCUCAUUGCCUGGCACUCAAACUGAGCUUCACCAUCUUGUCAUCCUCUGAGAUCAGUAUAAUUCAGUAGUUUCGUCUGUUCUCUGGCGGAGCGAGGAUGCCUUUAAAUUUGAAAAAAAAGUCCGAAACAUUACAGGAACUGAAAUAACAAACUGAAAAUGAAACAAUCUGCGACAGAGAGCGAGCCGAAUCCAGACAGAGAACAAUCCCAUUUCAGCAGGUCCUGCCGCUCCAGGCUGAAGCCUCUCUGCUGACCCGUCAGUGGAAAUGGCCCAGUGCCUGAGUGAUGAUGAGGAUGGAGGAGAGAGGAAAAGCGAGCUAGGCAUUGAGUUAACAUGCGGAGUCUGCAUGGGAAUCUAUCGGGAGCCUGUGCGUCUGCCCUGUGAGCACAGCUUUUGCAAAGUCUGCAUUGACCAGGUCUUUGCAGAUGUGAAGCCAGGGUCAGAUUACCGUUGCCCCAUCUGCAGGCACUCCUACCAGAACAAGCCAAAGAUGACCAAGCACCUGGUCCUAGUCAGGCUAGCAGAGGCCUACAACAAGAUGAUGAACAAUAAACAGUGUCCUGCAUCCCUGGAGGAGGUGCAGGAUUCACAUACAGUUGCUGAAAACAGCCUGGGAGGAAGAGCCUGUCGGAUUCACUCUGGGGAAGAAGUGACUCAUCUGUGCUUCCAGGAAUGGGAGCUCGUGUGCCCCCUGUGCAUAUCAAGUCAUCAACACAAUGGUCACACUACCACACCAUUGGUUCAGGUCACCAAAGACUGGAAGAAUAUGGUGCCAAAUAUUAUUGACAGUCUGGAGGAAAAUCACGCAAAGUUGUCUGUGCAGGUUAUGCAGUAUAUGGAGCUGGAGGAGAAAGCAAAGGAGGAGAUCUCUGAUGCCAAGGAUCGGACUAAAAAUCGGAUUGAUCGCCUAAUCCAGUUCCUGCAGAAUGAGAAGGAGCGGUUAAUGAUUGACAUGCAACACGUUGGGAAUGACCAUCUGGAUUCCAUCCACGGCCUCCAGGCAGAGGCCACCCACAGGCUGGAGCACUGUCAGAGCACCAUGCAAUCAUUUCGGGAAGCAUCCAGGAUUCAGGACCACAUCGAGUUUGUUAAAGGUAUGAUGGAUUUUAUGCAGAGGAUGGCAAUGCUGGCCAUUUCCCCAGACGAUGAGAUUGUCCAUCCCAGCCUGAAUUUUGAUGGGAUCCCUUUACCUUCGGUCCUUCAAACAUGGAAAAAUGAGGAUGUAGAGGGUGAAGAGGAUGAGGAAGAGGAGGAGGAGGAGGAGGAGGAUGAUGACGACGACGACGAUGAUGACAAUGAAGAUGAGUUGUUGAUCAAUGACGAUGAUGAAAAUGAGGAUUGUUAUCAACUACAAUCUUUACUUAAUCCAGGUUUGCUUUAAAUAGUGAAAGUUGAUUAGAAUUACAAACAGGCUGUUUGCUCUCAAUGCAUUAUUACUGUGGUACAACUUUUAUUUGAUUCUAUGUGAACACGAGACUGCUGCACCUCACUUGGGAAGGUUGUGUAAUAUUCAAUUUCAUUUCUUGGAAUAUAGGAGCAGCCUGUGAUCAUGGACUAUAACACCUGCAUAACACUCAGUCUUAGAUUGAUAAGGGGUUUAAGAACAUGCAUGUCACACAGUGCCAGGCAAUGAUCCUCUACGAUAUGAGAGAGUCUAACAUACCCCAUGACAUACAACAGCAUCACCAUCAAUGAAUUCCUAUUGAGCAUAAACUGAACUAGACUCAUCACAGUGACAGUGGCUAUAACAGCAUGCCAGGGUCUGGGAAUCCUACAGUAAGUAACUUGUCUCCAGGCUCCCCGGUGCCUGGCUGCCAUCGUCAAGAGCUCAAGCCAGGAGUGCCGUAGAGUCAUACAGCACAGAAACCAACCAUUCGGCCCAAAUUGGCCGUGCCAACGAGAUACCCUGAACUGAUUUGUGAUGGAAAACGUCACAUUUCCUUGGCUGAGUGCAGCUCCAACAUUCAAACUCGAAAUGAUUCAGAGGAUAAGCCCUUUUGAUCAGCACUCCAUCUGUUAACCUAUUUGAUUACCUUCCACCACCAGUUCACAGCGGCAGCAGUCUCUAGCAACUAUGAGAUCCACUGCAGCGAUUCGCCAAGGCUUCUUAAACAAUCCUUCCAAACCAUAAGGUCAGUACCAACUACAAGGACAGGACCAACAGAUACAUGGGGACACCACCUUCUGCAAGUUCCCCUCCAAACCACUCACCAUCCUGACUUGGAAACAGAUCGCCAUUCCUUUAGAGUUGUUGGGUUGAAAUCAUGGAAUUCCCUCCCUAAGGGGCAUCGUGGAUCAACCUACGCUACAUGGACUGCAGCGGUUGAAGCAUGCAGCUCACAUCACCUUCCCAAGGGGCAGCUAGGGUGAAACAACAAGUGUUGGUCUCAUCAGUAAUGUUCAUGUUAGGUGAAGGAAAAUGUAGAAAGGAGUGGCAUGGUAGGCCUGGGUUUGAUUCCAGCCUUGGACAACUGUGUGAACUUUGCACAGUCUGCGUGGGUUUCCUCCCAUAGUCCAAAGGGUUAGGGUGGAUUGGCCAUGCUAAAUUGCCCCAUAGUGACCAGAGAUGUGCAAGUUAGGUGGAUUAGCUGUGGGAAGUACAGGGUUACAGGGAUCGGGUAGGGAGGUUGGGUCUUGGUGAGACACUCUUCAAAGGGUCGGUGUGAACGCGGGUCAUAUGGCCUGCUUCCACACUGCAGAGAUUCUAUAAUUCUAUGUAUUUUGAUGACAUGACAUAAAAGUGCCAGUGUUGGACUGAGAUGAGCAAGGUCAGAAGUCACACAACACCAGGUUAUAGUCCAACAGGUUUAUUUGAAAUCACGAGCUUUUCCAGUAAACCUGUUGGACUAUAACCUGGUGUCGUGUGAUUUCUGACUUUGACAAAGUGGAUUUUGUUGAUGGAGAAAGCUAGUGGACAAAGGAGGCAGAGAUCUAGGACAGCCGAGUCUUCCGAAGAGCUGUGUUUCACUACGUGAUGAUUCAGACCCUUUCUUUAAACUGAUUGCGAUUGUGCGAGUGGAUUAUUUCCAAAAUAAACUGAAUUUGUAGCACAUGCAGAGUGUUUGUUCAAACAAUGGUGAGAAAGUCCCCUGAGAUACUCAGAUUCCUACCUGGAAUAAUCGGUGCUCCAAACAGGAAGGAACUUGGAUAUAAUGUCGUGAAUCUGAUGUGAAAAUAUUUCAUUUUUAUCUAAUUAAAGAUGAUCUUACUGGUUAAACAUUCUGUCCUAUCAUGGCUCUACCUGCUCUCAUAUCCUCUCACAUAUCACCACAUUACCCAUUUUAAUUCAACAUAACAGGUUUCUGUGGUGUAGAUUGCUCAACCAGUCUGUUUGGUUUUAAUGCUCACAUCCUUUCUCACCUAAAUCCCCCACCCUGAUAAUCUAUCCUCCUCUCCCCGACUUACUUUUCUAGCCUAUCCUUAAGUGUUUCAAUGCUAUUGACUUCAACCACUCCCUCUAGUAGCAUGUUCCACAUCCCCCCACUCUCUCCGUCACAGAGCCGUUCGUCCCAUUGUGUCGACGCCAGCUCUACACAUGAGCAUUGUUACCUACUGCCAUUUUUCCUCAUACCAUUUAUUUCUGUCUAAAUAAUCAUCCCAUGCCACUUGAACAGGUUUGCCUACAGCACACUUUCCAGGCAGCACGUUUUGUACCCUAGCUAUGAGCUGUGUGUCAAAGCUUUUCCUCACAUCACAGUUGAUUCUUUCGCGGUUCUGAUUAACUCUGUGCCCUCUGCUCUUUGAUCCUUUUCUAAGCACAGUUCUCUCACACACCUCCCCUCUUCUAAUCUUCCCUUCAUUAUUUUGAAAACCUCUAUCAAAUCUCUGCUCCUGUCAGGGCAGCACAGUGACUCAGUGGUUAGCACCGCUGUAUCACAGUGCCAGGGUCCUGGGCUCAAUUCCAACCACAGGCAACUAUCUGUGUGGAAUUUGCACAUUCUCCCCAGAUUUCCUCCACAUGCUGCGGUUUCCUCCCACUGUCCAAAGGUUAAGCGGAUUGGCCAUGCGAAAUUACCCGUAGUGUCCAGGGAUGUGUAUGGUAGGUGUGUUAAAGGGACAGGUCAAAGGGAUGGAUCUGAGUGGGAUGAUCUUCGGGGAGCGGUGUUGGUAUGGACUUGCUGGGCCAAAUGGCCUGUUUCCACACUGUGGGGAUUCUAUUUUUUUAAAAAGUCCUAUCGUCUUCCAUCUAUAAUCCUCAUAGCUGAAGUUUCUCAUACCUGGAUCAUUCUUGUAAACUGUGUCCUCUCCAAUGUGCUCCCAUCCUUCCCACAAUGUAUUGUAUAAGUUCGACAACACAUCUCUGCCCUUGUACUGUAUGUGCCGAUUAAUAAAGCUGAGGCCAUUGAUUACUCUACCUGUCCUACCACCUUCAAUAAUCUGGGCAUAUAUAGAGCCAGGUCAUACUGCUCCUGCACCCCCUUCAAGAUUGUACUCCCAAUUUUAUAUUGCCUGUCAGUGUUCUUCCAAUCAAAGUACAUCACCUCACAUUUCUCUACAUCAAACCUCAUCUGCCAACUCCAUAAACAUGUCAGCGUCCUUCCAGAAUUCCAUACUGCAAUCUUCAGAGUUUACAGUUCAUCCAGGUUUUGUGCCAUCCGCAGAUUUUGAAAUUGUCCCUGCACACCAAGAUCCAGAUCAUUAAUAUAUAUCUGGAAAAGCAAGUUUAUUGAUAUUGACCCCUGGGGAUCUCCAAUGCAAACCUUCCUCCAGCCCAAAAAGAGUCCACAAAGUUUGAGAAUUUUAGGGUUUUAUUUUCCACUUAGUAGCUCAUCUUUCUUCAGUCUCCUUCACAGAGGUUAAUUUGCAAUCAGGAUUUUGAUCAUUCUGACAUAUUUACUGAAAAAUAAGCCUGUAAUAAAAAUAAGUAAUAAUUUUUUAAAAAAUUUCUGUCAUUUAAUAUCAUGGUAUGCAAAGAGUGAGUGACUUCCGGCCUGCAUUUAACUCUCCAUUCAGCAUGAAUUGUGAGCCAACAUGUUCAAAAAUGACCUGCAGUGUGUCACAAUGAUUGCUGCUGGGUCCAUGGCUUUUCAUCACUUACAUAAAUGAUUUGGAUGUGAACAUAGGAGGUAUGGUAAGUAAGUUUGCAGACGACAUCAAAAUUGGAGGUACAGUGGGUAUGGACGAAGGUUACCUCAGAGUACAACGAGAUCUUGAUCAGAUGGGCUAUUGAGCUGAGGAGUGGCAGAUGGAGUUUAAUUUAGAUAAAUGUCAGAUGUGCAUUUUGAAAAGGCAAAUCAGGACAGGAUGUAUAUGCUUAAUGGUAAGGUCCUGGGGAGUGUUGCUGAACAAAAAAAGCCUUGGAGUGCAGGUUCAUAGUUAUUUGAAGGUGGAGUCGCAGGUAGACGGGGCGGUGAAGAAGGCGUUUGGUAUGCUUAUCUUUAUUGGUCAGUGCAUUGAGAAUAGGAGUUGGAAGAUUGUAGCUGUACAGGAUAUUGGUUAGGGCCACUCUUGGAAUACUGCAUGCAAUGCUGGUCUUCCUGCUAUAGGAAGGAUGUUGUGAAACUUGAAAGGGUUCAGAAAAGAUUACAGGGAUGUUGCCAGGGUUGGAGGGUUUGAGCUACAGGGAGAGGCUGGAUAGGCUGGGGCUAUUUUCCCUGGAGCGUCGGAGGCUGCUGAAUGAUCUUACAGAGGUUUAUAAAAUCAUAAGGGACAUGGAUAGGGUAAAUAGACAAGGUCUUUCCCCCAGGGUAGGGGUGUCAAAAACUAAAGGGCGUAAGGUUUUAGAGUAGAUUUGUAGCUUGGGUUGUGGUUGGUUGGCUUGCCAGGCUGUUUUGCUUUUCCACAGACAUUUCAUAGCCUGCUGGGUAACAUCAUCAGUGCAGCCUCUGAUGAAGCGUGGUGUGUUUUCCCACCUGUUAUUUAAAGUCUGGUGUCCGUUCAGCUGGAUUACCUCACUUCCAGUUUUCCUUUGCACUGGAGUGUAUAUGGGGUCUGGCUCUAUGUGUUUAUUGAUGGCUUUCCUCGAGGAGAACAAGGCUUCUAUGAAUUCCUGUGCUUGACUCUGCUUUGCCUGUCCCAGGAUCCUGGUGUUGACCCAAUCGAGUUGGUGUGAGCAGGUGGCAUAGGGUUGAUGUGGGUUUGUGUGCUUCUCUGAUGCCCAAUAGUUGUAGGAGUCUUGUGGUCAGUUCAGAUGUGUUCUAAGGAAGGGCUACCAGACCCAAAGUGUGAUCUCUGAUUGUCCCUUCACAGAUGCCAGACCUGCUGAUUUUUUCCAGCAAUUUCUGUUUUUGGUACAGCUUAUACUGAGACAGAUUGGACACUGUGGAGGCAGAAGCAUGUUUCCGCUGAUGGGUGAGUCCAGAACCAGAGGACACAGUUUAAAAAUAAGGGGUAGGCCAUUUAGAACAGAGUUGAGGAAAAACUUCUUCACCCAGAAAGUGGUGGAUAUAUGGAAUGCUCUGCCCCAGAAGGCAGUGGAGGCCAACUCUCUGGAUGCUUUCAAGAACGAGAUAGACAGAGCUCUUAGAGAUAGUGGAAUAAAAGGUUAUGGGGAUAAGGCAGGAACAGGACACUGAUUGUGGAUGAUCAGCCAUGAUCAUAAUGAAUGGUGGUGCUGGCUUGAAGGGCCGAAUGGCCUACUCCAGCACCUAUUGUCUACAGUCCAGACACAGAUUAAACAGUUGCAUAUAAAUAAUUUAUUUACAAUGCAGAGUUUAAAGAAAAAGACUUUGGUGCCACUAGCUGUGUCAACUAAAUUAGAACACAUCCAAUUUUCAAUUUGAGUUUCUGUUUAAAUUUUUUGUGAAAAGAAUUUCAUUGACUAUCUAAUGCUUACAUAUUGAAAGCUGCCUAUUGGGAAUAGGCUGUAUGAUGAAACUAACCAGAACCCCCUGGAAUCCACAAAAUAAGUUUCGCCAUCUGCCAGCAGGAAAGUUGUUCAGUCUCAAUGUUUAUUGCACCUUCGCUGACAAAGGUGUAUGUAACUAGACUACAACAUCGAUCCCAGUGAUGUUUCACCAUUAGGAUGAAGAGGUGGCAGAGAUUUUGUACAGUAGCGUGACUAAUGUGUCUGGCCAUGAUGUGUCAGCUUGUUGUGGGAUGUUGCAGAGUUUACAAUCUGCCGUUACCUCCAUGACAAACCACAAGACGAUAGAGGACGGAGAAUCACACUAGUCACCCUACCGUACACAGGGACAUAUCAGAGAUGACCACAAGACUACUCAGACCGUUGGUAUCAGGGUAGACCACAAACUAACAAUCACCCUAUGACAGCUACUGACAAACGUGAAGGACCCCAUACCUGAGAUGUUAUUGAUUUCUAUACUUCUAUAAAUUAAUGUCCUUUGUCUGCCUACACAUAGGUAUCCAGGCACUGCCCUAAAGCUUCCUGCCCAGCUAGGAAUUUGGUGUAAGACUUUGUAACUCCUUAUCUUCCUACACAUCGGUAUGCAGACACUGCCUUCAGCUUCUUGACUAAAUAAAAUUAGAGUUCUACUGUCUCAAAUAAGGUUAAGUGAGGAACAUUCGUAAAGGUGUGAGACUUCUGAAGUAUGUAACUUCUGUCGCUGUCAAAGGGGCCAGGGCACUGACUUUGUUCCAGCCAGACACAUCAGCAACUUGAAAUCACAAUCUGUCUUGUUAACAACUUGAAAUCGCCGCCUGCCAUUAGCAGCCACUUCAUGAACGAUCAAUACUAUAUCCUGGUCUUUUAGGUUCUUGAUGUAAUAAUUGUUUUGUAUCCUGUCUUUGUCUGUUGUAAUAAUUGUUUCAUGUAUCACGUCAUUGUGAGAUGUAAAAUUGUUUUAUGUAUUGUGUACUUCGUAAAGUAUAAAAAGCAGGAACUAUCUGCUGCUCGGGGACAAUUACUUACGAGACUCUGCACUCUAUGCCGGGUUAAGUACAGUGAUUCUCCACAGCUUGUACUUGCUUUGUA